AUGACUUUGCAACAGGCCUCCGUGGAACAGGAAUGGUACAGAGUCUUCAAGCCGGAACUAGACACCGCAGCCCCCGACCCUAUAGACCCGGUGAAUGCCAGUGGUAUGAGAUUUGAAACCAGAAGCAACUUUAUUGCAAGGGAAUCGGUACAUUUGCAUAACCUCCCACAAAUCGGAUGGGUUAAGAAGGCGGAUUUCGACUCAGGCAGGAUCAAAGCUCUUUUAGCGGGCCUACCAACACCGACAAAACAACAGGGUAAAAAUUUUGGGAGGUCGACCCAAUCACCAAGAAGCAUGAGGUAA